GCUGCGACCCGGCGCGGCCGCGCAGCAUGGCGGGCGGGGCUCGGGAGGUCCUCACGCUGCAGUUGGGACACUUUGCGGGGUUCGUGGGAGCGCACUGGUGGAACCAGCAGGAUGCUGCCUUGGACAGAUCCACCGACCCCAAGGAGCCGCCGGGAGAGCUGUGUCCCGACGUCCUGUAUCGGACCGGCCGGACGCUGCACGGCCAGGAAACCUACACGCCACGGCUCAUCCUCAUGGACCUCAAGGGUAGCCUGAACUCCCUCCAAGAAGGUGGACUCUACAGGGACAGCCAGCUAGAGGCGGCCAUCGCCUGGCAGGGCAAGCUCACCACCCACCAAGAGGAACCAGACCCCAAGAAUCCACAUCUCCAGGAACUUGUCAGUGCCAAGGGAGUGCUGAGCAGCGAUGGCGUCUGGAGGGUCAGAUGUGUCCCACGAGGCAAAGGCCCUCCACCAGUCCCCGCGGCCCCAGAACCACAGCCCCCGCCCCCCAUGGAGGGCAGCGUCACAGUCUGGUCAGAUUUCCUCCGAGUCCACCUGCACCCCCGCAGCAUCUGCAUGAUCCACAAGUACAACCACGACGGGGAGGCAGGUCGGCUGGAGGCGUUUGGCCAAGGGGAGAGUGUCCUGAGGGAACCCAGGUACCUGGAGAUGCUGGAAGACAGGCUGCACUUCUACGUGGAGGAAUGUGACUAUCUGCAGGGCUUCCAGAUCCUGUGUGACCUGCACGACGGUUUCUCUGGGGUAGGCGCUAAAGCUGCGGAGCUGCUGCAAGAUGAAUACUCAGGACGGGGGAUAAUUGCUUGGGGCCUGCUCCCAGGGCCCUACAAUCUUGGAGACCCCCAGAAAAACAUCUAUCGCCUGUUAAACACAGCCUUCGGUCUGGCGCACUUGACUUCCUCCAGCUCUCUUGUCUGCCCCCUGUCCUUGGGAGGGAGCCUGGGCCUGCGGCCGGAGCCCCCUGUAACCUUCCCUAGCCUGCAUUAUGAUGCCGCUCUGCCCUUCCACUGCAGCGCCAUUCUGGCCACGGCCCUGGACACACUCACGACACCCUACCGCCUCCGCUCCUCACCAGUCUCCAUGGUGCAACUGGCCCAUAUGCUAAGCUGCUCUGGGAGAAAGGUGGCGACAGCGGGCGCCUCCAUCCCCUUCCCCUGGGUUCCAGGCCAGUGCCUCCCUGAUUCGCUGAUGCAGUUGGGAGAAGCUCCCCCUUGGACCCCACUGUCUGCCUGCGGGGACCCUUCUGGAACACGCUGCUUUGCCCAGUCCGUGGUGCUGAGGGGCCUGAACCAGGCCUGCCACACCAGUCAGCUCCCCCCGGGGACACCUUGGCCCUCCCCGCUGCAUGCCUGUACCACUGGGGAAGAUGUCCUGGCCCAGUACCUGCAACAGCACCAACCCAGCGGCCUGAGCUCAUGCCACCUGCUGCUGAGCCCCUGCAGGGUGGCACCUCCCUACCCACCCCUCUUCUCCUCGAGCUUCUGCCAACAAGGUAUGGUUCUGGAUGGUUCCCCUGAGAGCAGGCAGGUAGGAGCACGGAGCAGCAUCCCAGUCCUGGGGGCCCUGUGCUCCACUUCGGCCUUGCACCGGACUCUGAGAGGCCUGGCCAGGGAGCUCACAGCACUCGACCUGCGGCGCUGGGUCAGCUUCAUGGACGCGGGAGUGGAGCUGGAUGAUGUGGAGGAGCUGCGGCAGGAUCUGCACAGCCUGGCUCAGUGCUACCAGGAGGGGGAUGGCCUCCCGGACUAG